AUGUCAGAAAUCCGCCGUCACCGUGGCUCGUCGGCUUCCAUGUCACUCUCGGACGCCCAUUAUCGAAACCAGAUCCAUGAGUUUGGUGCCUUCAACGAGGAAUCAUGCCGUUGGCACAUACGAGAAGCGGGCAUGAGAGUUGUCCCUCGCUACCCUUUCAGUUGCGGCAUAGAGGAGAUAUACUGCCUCAUGCUUGAGCAAUGUGGAUUUCCUGGAUUACCAGAUGCCUUGAGUGUAAUUGAGGACAUGCUGGAACAAGACGGAGUUGCCGAUAGCAUGGGCGAUGACGGCGAUAUCUUUCGUUCCUGGCGCCACAACUGGAGACAUCGCAAUGCCGAUUCGAAGGACCCAUUCAUUCCCAGAAUCGGCUCCUUCGUCCUUCCUACUCCCACCCCACGACACAUUCGCCGAUUGAGGGCACAGAAUUUUAUCCGUCUCUUGGAAAACCCCAGCCUCAUGCAAGGAAUCAGACCACCCCUGGCGCCGACAUCGGGCAACCGAGGCAUCGUCACACAGUCCGUGAGAAGCAGCUUCAACAUCACAGACAUUUUGGAUGAUGAUGACCAGAUCCUCCCUCGAGCAACCUUCGCACAUCAGAGAUACAGAGUUCUCUUCUCUUCUAUGGGCACCGCAGCUGCAGCUGGAAUAAUCGGCAGAAGUCAGCUCAGCUUUGCAGGAACAUCUGACAGCACCACUGGCUAUCCAUGGCCAAGAUCUACUGAUCUUUCUGACUCGCAAGUGAUGUCUGAGGCUCACACCUUGCUCUUUCAUCCGUUCAAUGGUUUCGAUGAUGGCGUAUCGUUGACAAGUCCAGAGAGUACUGCUCUCAGAAACGAAACAAGUGUCGGGUGUGAGGAGAACGAUUUGGAUUCUGGCGCAGCCUUUGUCGAUGAAAACCAGCAAGAUAUCCCGGGUGUUGCUAAUGAUGAAUCAAAAGCUCUGGAGAUUUUGCCCGCCACAACGUAUGAGGGAGACUCCGUUUGGAGGGAGAAACGAAAGACGAAGGUUCCAGAGCCCCUUGUUCUGGAGACUUUCGACAGGUCAGAGUCAGCAGGAGCACCGUCCCAAGGAAAUCAAGGCAGACCUCAUGCACGUUUGAGAUUGAGACGAGAGAGCCAGGAACCGACCAAGCUGCAGCGUGCAAAGAACCGUGAAGCGAGACUGAUUGACGGAAACAUCAUUCUCCCAGGUCUUUGCGAUAAUGUCUCACAGCAGCCCCUGUCACCAAAUGAGAUCAGAGUCAGAGUCGACAUUGCCGUCGAAGAAGAAGGGCCGCGGAUGUCCAGCCCAGGCUGGUCGCCGUCUCUGCAAGAUCAAGCGUCGCCGCGCUACAGCUGGCUUGACUCUGUCCGCACCACUUUGCGUCCUGGCAGCCAAGGAAAGAGCGCCAAGUCAUCCGCCGACGCCGACGAGACCAGUCCUCACCAGUCCAGCAAAGGGACUUCAAAGUCCUUCAUCUGGUCCGACAAUGGCGAAAGCCGUCCAUCUCUCUCGAACGGCAUGCCGUCUCCUCUUCCUGCCUCGCUCAAGAGGCUUUCAUUCAACCAUUGA